AUGUCCGGGUAUAAUAUCGACCGGUUUGUCAAUUUGAGUGAAACGGAAAGGGAUGAACUGACGUGUAAUAGAGGUUGUGAUGAAGUGCUCAAAUUGGAAAACUUGACCCAGCACACUGUGGAUGCUGCUGAAUUGUCUAAACAUUUGAAGCAACAGUUGGAGUAUGAAUUUGGUGACCACUGGCAUGUAAUCGCUGGUAAAAAAUACGAAUUCGGUUCGAACUGUACGUGUGAGACAGGACACUUUUUAAGCGUCGAAUUCGACAAAUUGUUUAUUGUCAUGUAUAUGACACACGAUUCCUAUUAUGACUCAUUUAAACGGAGUAUGUUGUCGGACGCGAAGAAAAUUGUGCUUGAUGCCAUUGCAAAGCAAGACUCCUGGGACAAAAUGAUAACAAAGUGGCCUACAGUGGAGGGGUGGUAG